AUGGUGGUCGCGGAUUUGAAGAGUGUGAGCGCGGGCUUCCUCAAGCCGGCGCUCAAAGACCUCAUCUCCUGCGAGCUGAAGGGUUGGGGCAGCAGCAUGUCGCCGCAGUCCAUCCCAGCCGCGCUGGGGCCGUCGCCAUCAGGGUCCACCCCCAGCGAGAGCGACCCCCCCAGCCCCCGGGACCUGCCUGGUAUCCCCUCAGCGGACACGCACGCAGACUCGGGUCCCCCAAAUGGCUCGGCAGCCGAGCCUGGGGUGCCCGACACCCUCGGGAAGCCCCCUGCAGCCCCUGCAGCCCCUGCCCUGGGCACCAGCGGCGAGGCAGAGCUGCUGGCACUGCUGCAGCGCCUGGCGGCCCUGGACUCCGAGGGCUGGUUCCAGGCCCCCGUCAGCGACAUCCAGGCCCCAGGCUACUCCUCCAUCAUCCGGCACCCCAUGUGCAUCCAGGCCAUGCGCGCCAAGGUGGCGGCGCACGCCUAUACCUGUUGGGGCGACUUUGUGCGCGACUUUGAGCUGCUGUGCAGCAACGCCAUGCGCUACAACCAGAAGCGCUCCCGCAUCCACAAGCAGGCCCUGAUCAUGCUGCGGGCGGGCAAGAAGCUCCUGAUGGAGCACAGCAGCCUGAGCCUGGACCUGGCCUCACCCCUGAGCCUGGACCUGGGCCUGAUGCCCAGGGGCUUGCUUCCCGCUGUUUUGGAGGGAAGCUUCCCGGCCCUGCUCCCGCUGCCCCACCCCUCGCCCACGCUGAGCGACUACGAGGCAACUGACCUGGAGGACGAGGGCCUGCCUCGACAGGGGCUCGGGGCGGUGCAAGCGGCGGAGGGCCCCGGGGUCGCGGCGAUCGCGAAUCCGGGAGGGGCCGCAGGGCCUGCACCAUUCGCGCCCGCGGCGACGUUCCUGCCCUGGGCCACCCUUUUUUCCUUGCGCACUGCGCCGCGGUGA